CAGUUCAGCAGGGGAAUAACGUGAAUCUCCAUUGUCUGAAGGCUGUAUUUCUAGCACUGGCAGUAGGACUUUUUGUGCCUCACUCAUUAGUAUCCAGAGCCCAGAUGUGACUGUAACCUCUGCACUCCCUAUUUUUACACCUCUGCAGUUCAGGAUCAGUGUAUUUUCAUUUGUACUGGUGGUGGUGUAGGUGUUCUUCCCUUUUUUUCCCCUUUACUCUUCUUUUUUAUGUUUUUACAUAUUGGACUGCUUAUAAGACAUAAUAGAAUUAUGAGCCCCUGUUACACAGGGGAAUACAACCUGAUGUAGCUUAUCUGGUUCUGCUAAGACCCAUAGGCUGUAGCAACUAUUCCUUGAGCACAUGGCAGAGAUGCGUUUCCAGUAUGUGCUGACUCUAAUCACAGGACUCAUAGAAUGCAUUUGCUUUGCGGGGAUCACCUUUGGGUGGGCCUCCCUUGUGUUUGUGCUAAAGAAGGAGAAUUACUUUAAUGACCUGUGUCCAGACACAAAAAACCAGUCUACCAAUGCUACAGGUGGGUGCCCGCCUCAGGAUGAGCAUUUUUCGCUAAUAUUUACAGUGGCAGCUUUCAUGAACAGUGCCAUGACCUUUCCCGGUGGUUAUAUUUUUGAUCGCUUCGGAACGGCAGUGACAAGGUUUAUUGCUAUUUGUCUAUAUACAACAGCAACCCUCCUUAUUGCACUCUCUACAGCAGAUACGGCUGUACUCAUAUUUCCUGCUCUUUCUUUGCUGGCAAUUGGUGGAAUAUUCUUAAUUCUGACUAAUAUGCAGGUGGGAAAUUUGUUUGGUCCUCAACGUUCUACCAUAAUAACGCUAUACAAUGGAGCUUUUGACUCUUCUUCUGUUAUUUUUCUAGUUGUGAAGGUCCUCUAUCAAAAUGGAAUUUCACUCCAGGAUUUGUUUCUCUUCAUAUCAAGCUGCAGUAUUUGCCACGUUUUAAGGACAAUUUUCUUGAUGCCGAAGACUCAUAUCCCUUUCCCUGUACCAGAAGGCUACAGAUAUGGUUUGGGCUGUGAAGAGGUCAGUCAGAAAAUAUCCAUGUCAUCAAACCAUUCAUCUAGACCAAAUGAUGGAGAAAAAGGGCAGAGAACAACAAACACCUCCAUAAAGCGUGUCGAAAAACACGACAUUGAGGUUUCAUUUCGGAGUUGUGUCCUCUCAUCACUUUUUUGGUGGCACCUGAUUUGGCUUUCUCUUAUGCAACUUAGACACUAUUUAUUCAUUGCAACUCUGAACCCUACUAUCACCCACUUAAGUGGAGGAGACCCCCACCUAGUGAGUAAAUAUACAAAUGUUUUUGCUAUAUCCCAGUUUUUUGGGGUUUUGUGUGCUCCUUGGAAUGGACUCAUUAUGGACAGGCACAAAAAGAAACACAAAGUUACAGAGCCGCUUGAUGACCUCCGCUCUUCAGUCCUGUCUUUGUUACUGACCACAAUUCAGUGCAUCCUCUUUUCACUCUGCGCCUCAAUUUCCGAGCUUCCUGCGUUGUAUCCAACUUUCAUCCUCCAAGUACUUAAUCGGUCCUUCUUGUAUGGAGGAAAUGCUGCCUUUCUGUCUAUAGCGUUCCCACCUGCACACUUUGGAAAGCUGUAUGGACUGUUAAUGACUCUUUCUGCAGUGGUAUCUCUCCUACAAUAUCCAGCAAUUUAUAUUAUUCGGACGUACCUGCACGGAGACCCUUUCUAUGUUAAUAUUUCUCUAUUGAUCCUGAUGCUUUUAACCGUUGGACACCCAAUUAAUGUUUUUCGGGUUUGGAGACAAAAGAAACAUUUGAGACACAAGGCAGAAGAACAGUCAUGGCUUUAAUCAGUUUUAGAGAAUCUAUCACCUUUUUGGUUUUUACUUAUAUUGCAAGAAAACAGAAAUCUUUGAAAGUAUAAAUUGAAAUAUCUUAAGGACAAAGUGGGAACCCCAGUGCCCAAAUGCUGCAAUAGUAUACCAAGAACAUGGUUAUACAGUAAAUUUAAAAGGCAUUAUGAAGAGGUCUCAAAAACUCAUCUCUAGCACAUACAGGGGUGCUGCAAGCUCCAAGUCACCCCCCC